AUGGUUGCAAAAUCGAAAAAACCCAAAUCUCAAGCAUCUACUCCGUUGAAAAAGUCUGAGCUCUUGUUCAAAGUGGGUAAAGAUCUUCCGAAAUGGUAUUCAAUCGAAACUCCAUUAUCAUCAUCAUCCAAAUCAAACGACAAAUAUGACAAACAAAAAUGCGAGCAAAUCUAUCGAGCAGAGUGUGAUCUAUACCAAUCGCUUUAUCAGCAAGAUCAAUCCUCCGAUUAUCAAUGGCUACAAACAUCUCUUUCGACGACAUCCAAAGAUCGUCUAGCAGCUUUAGUCACACUGAUUCGUCGUUCACCUGUUCAUGCCGUAGGAGAACUCGACAAUUUAAUAAAAUUAUUACGAACGAAUAUUGCCCGUCGUCGUGACGCAUUAACCAUCGCCGAAGUUCUUGAAGAUGUUUUCCUUAAUAUUUACCUACCUGAAAAUCGUCGUUUGUUGAAUAUUAAUCAACAAACACCUUCUUCCAAACAAGCAGCAGCACUUGCAUAUGUCGAAGAUACGGUCAAACAACUUUACUCUAGUUUUAUCGAUCUUAUCCAACAAAUAGCACAUGAUCCAAUCGGUCAAAUACGAACCAAAGCAGUAUCGAUGCUGGAGCGUUUAUUAUCUCAACGACCGGAACAAGAAAAGCGUUUGUUAGAAUUGAUUGUCGAUAAACUAGGUGAUCCAGACUCUACCGUUGCCUCUAAAACAUUACAUCUACUCACUCAACUUCUGGAACAACAUCCUGGUAUGAAAACAGUUGUUGUGAACGAAGUCGAACGACUUCUUUUCCGACAAAACGUUCGUCAAAGUGCGCAACAUUAUGGUCUGUGUUGCUUGACAGCAAUAACAUUUUCCAGUCAAGAUAACGAUUUAGCAAAUAAAUUGAUUAAGAUAUAUUUUGCUCUUUUUCGAUUAAUCAGUGUCAAAGAAGAUGCCAGUUCGAAGUUCUUUGCAAUACUUCUGGGUGGUGUAACACGUGCGAUUUCCUUUGCUCAAGUUGACCUUGAUAAUAUCGUUGAACAUCUCAAUUAUCUCUUUCGGAUUGUUCAUGCAACUAAUUUCAAAACAAGUGUUCGAGCAUUACAAUUACUCUUUCGUCUUUCCGAACAACGAUCGGAAAUUGACGAUCGAUAUUACAAUGCAUUAUACAAGAAAUUAUCCGAACCCGAAUGGAAAAAUUCGAAGAUGCUUUCGACUUUUCUCAAUUUGAUCUUUAAGUCUAUGCUCAAGGAUUCCAUGGAAUCUCGAAUUCGAGCAUUCAUUAAACGUUUGUUGCAACUAAGUCUCUUUAAUGAUGUUCCAUUCAUUUGCGGAAUACUUCUAUUGAUCUCCGAACUCGUCAAGCGACAUCCAAAUGGUUCAAGAUUACUUCUAUUUUCUCAGAAAGCAGCUUUAACAAUUGAUCAGAACACUGGCGGCAACGAUGACGAUGACGAAGAAGAACAUUUUCACGAUGUCCCAACAGAUGAUGAACAACCGCUACAAACAGUUCCCGAAAUCUCCUCCUGGGAUCAUAAGACUCUGAAUAAAUCGAAGCAAACCAAUCUUGAUCAUUAUGAUAUCUUUAAACGUAAUCCACUGUACUGUGGAAGUGAAUACACAUGUUUACACGAAUUGUUAUUCCUUCGUCAACAUUCACAUCCAACUGUUGCUCUUUUCGCACAGAAUGUUUUUAAUGGUAAACCAAUUGAAUAUAAUGGAAAUCCAUUAGUAGAUUUUAAUCCGAUGCGAUUUCUCGAUCGGUUCGUUUACAAAAAUCCGAAAAAACAAAUUACUAAACAUGAACUUCUUCGCAAGAAAUCGCGUCAUGCAGUCGGACGGCUCUACCUUCCAAAAGGUGUCAAAGCUGUUCCUGUCGAUAGCAGUGAAUAUGCGCGAUUAAAUCCAGCGAAUAUUCCUGCCGACGAACGUUUUCUUUAUACUUUCAUGAAAAUGCGACAGGAGAAUAGUGACGCAGUUCAAUCGCGAAAGAAAGACAAAUCCACCGAUGAUUUUGAAGGCGAUAUCGAUGACAACGAAAGUAUCGAAAGUGUUUCUGACGAUGAAUUCGAUAAAUAUUUGGACCAUUUUAUGGACGAUGUUGAUAAAGAUGAAAUUGAUGUUGAUGAAGAUGAUAACAAUAGUGUCGAAGAUAUUGCAAGUACUGUACAACGUGUUCGUCGUACUGAUGAAUUAGUUGAUGAUGACGAUGAUGAUGAUGAUGUGACCAAUCGUCCUUCUACAUUAAAUGAUGGUGAUGAACACUCCGAUGAUGAACAACUUGAUGAUAAUGAACAUGAAUCAAUUAGUAACCAACAUAUUCGUGAUAAUUUUAAAGUAGAUAAUGAACGAGAAAUGAAACAGAUCAAAUGGGAAAUGGAUCGUGAACGAACGUUUGCGCAACGUUCGCGUCGUUAUGACAAACACAUGAAGAAAACGGGAAAACGAAAACCGAAAUUGACCCGUCGAGAAAAACGUCGACAAAUGAAUGAGACGAACUUGAAAAAGAAGAAACGUGUUCAUUUUAGUUGA